AUGCCUACAACUGAAGUGUCAAAGAAAUAUUACCUACUUAGUACUAUUUCCAAGCCAAGGGGACUUCAGGAUGAAAAACAGCAGGAACUGGACCAAAAAACAGGUGAAAACUGGUUGUUGGAGGUGGUUAUUGCUGAGAUGGCCCCGGCGCAUCCGGAUAUCCGGCUGCUUUUUCCAGGGAAAUUGCCAUCCGCAUCUGCACCCGCUGGCGGGUAUCCGUCGGCCGCAGCGGGUAUCCAAGGAUACCCGCCCUUUAAAGGGCGGGCAAGGUUCUGUAAAGGUGGUGUAUCUUUGAUUGAGUGGUACUAA